GGUGGUGCAGGACAUGCAGGAGCAGAUGGGAAAGUUGACGGCUCUCCUGAACGAUGAACGCCGAUCGCAUCAACACAGCUGCCGCGCGCUGCUGGGUGAGGCUGACAGGCGGGCGGAGAGAGUGAGGCUACAGCAGCAACACGAGAUAGAACAGCUUUUGCAGGUUCACAGAUCUGAGACCAGUGCUGUGGUGGCCCUCCAUGCAAAGACUCUAGAGGACGACCGGCUCUGUGCAGAGGAGAGAUAUGCUCUGCUGGAGAAAGAUUACGACUUCCUCAAGAGCUCCUUCCGCACGUAUAAGGAGAGCAUCUGUGAGGAGAUGAGGAGCAGCUGGGUGAAGAAGGAGAGCAUCUGGAAGGAGGAGCAGGAGGAGAACCUGAGGGAGUGUCUGAGGAACGCACAAGAGCUGUUGGAUAAAAGUAAACAGGAGAAAGACCAACAGAGAAAAACAUUUGAGGCUGAGAUUGCCAAGUGCGAGGAGGAGAUACAGACACUAGGCAGUGAGCUGACUGAGAAGGAUGUAACCAUCAACUUGCUGCGAAGCUCUCUUCACCAAACCCAGCAGCAGCUGGACACUGUGACCUGUCAGCUGUCUGACCUAGGGCCUGGAGUGCACCGGCCCGGGCAGAAGCAAGUGAUGGAGCUUCCUCCAGGAUCCCUGUAGAGCUGCUGGUCCUGGUCUGGGGAACUGCUUUCCCCGUCAGUUUCAUGCGUUAAACAUGAUGUCUUUAAUUUUAAAGUGUGUGGCAUUACAAAUAUGUUUGAAACAAAAUGGCACCAGUCACGAUUUCUGGUUGUAUUCAUUGUAUUUAUUGCACAAAUUUUUCUUUGGUUGCCGGUGAAAGCAAUACAACACGCACAUCAAAAUAUUUGGCAUAUUUUCUUUGUUCUAUUUAAGUACAGUAAACCAUCCAAAUGCAAAGAAAAUACUUGUGUAACACUUUCAAUUUCAUAUUGAAAAAUAUACUAUAAAUAAAGUGAACUAAUUGUCCAAUUUGAAAGUGCAAUGCUGAUGGAAUACAACAGGGAGGUUAGUGUUUGUCUUAUGUGCCACACUGUAAAAAUGUUUUAAAAUCCUUUCAGUUUUUCCCCACUAAUAAUGUACAUAUUUCCCCUGUAUUUCAAAAUGACAAGGAAAUCAUAUUAAAAUAAUAACAAUAAAAUAUUUAUUGAAAUGUGUCAAGCGAUUUAACAAAAAAUA